GUACAAUCAAACGUCAUGAGCGAUACGUGGGGAAAGCGAUUGAGAAGACUGCAAAAGAAAGCUGCAGAAAUGCCUUACGACAGGAAAAAAAAUUAUCCCAAACAGAAUGAUUGCCGCUCUGCGACUUCUGGAUAGAUGAACGAUACAUCGAGAAACUACAAUUUCGACAAUGCGGAAGAGCAUAAUGAAAGGCAACAUGAUCUGAAAGAAGUUCCACGUUCUCCAACGAAGAUAAAAGUUUCGUUUGAUGUCGGUUGGCAAAAAAAAGGGUCCGGUCGCUCUUACAAUAGCUCCACAGGACACGGAAUUGCAAUUGGGUCUUUGAGCGGCAAGGUUGUGGGAUACGCUACACGAAAUAAACGCUGCGUUCUUUGUCAAAAAGGGCAUAAUCGGACUGAUCACGAUUGUAGAGUGAAUCACUCAGGCAGUUCUAAAUCGAUGGAGCCAAAAAUAGUAGUUGAAAUUAUUACUAAAAAUCCGAUGUUGAAAGAAGAGCGUGUUCAAAUUAGCACAAUUAUUGGGGACGAUGAUUCGUCUACUAUUGCCAAUGUACGACGUGAAGCGGAACAUCGCAUCGAAAAAGAAUCGGAUAUAAAUCAUGCGACGUGCACUCUCUCUAAAGAUAUGUGGAGUAUACGAAUUCCCAGUCAAGUCAUCGCUUAUAUGAAAUAUUGUUUCGGUUGCGUAUUAAAAAAAAAUAAGAACAACGUUGAAAAUGUGAGAGCGGGUCUUCUUACAAUUAUUCCGCAUGCUUUUGAUGAUCACGACAACUGUAGCAGAACAUGGUGCAAGUACAAAGAUGAUCCGGCUAAGUUCAAACACAAGUUGUUACCGGGAGGAAAAGGUCUUACAGAUCCGCAAAUGAAGGCCACGCUAAUAACGAUCUUCAACAAAUUCGUCGCCAAUGCCGAAAAACUCGCACCAUGUGGCUCCACCCAAGCUAACGAAGCUUUUCAUACAAUUGUCGCGAGUAAAGCUCCAAAAUCUCGACAUUACGGAGGAUCUGAAUCGAAUGAUUUUCGUGUUGCUGCUGCCGUUUGCCAGAAAAAUUAUGGAACUGGUUACGUCGUUAAUAUCCACAAGCAACUUGACAUCUCUCCAGGGAAGAAUACUGAAGAAUUUCGAAAAAAAAAGACGAGAAGCGGAAAGCCAUGAAUGAAUUUUCGAAGACAAUCCCAGCUAAAAGGAGACGACGACAAUUAUUCCAGGCUCGACAGAGAACAAAUAACAGCGCUGAAAAUAAAGAAGGCAUUACUUAUUCAUCUGGAUGCGGGCUGAGCGCAAUCGUUGACGUUGACGAUUGUGUACCUCUACGAGACGAAGUAAUCCCCAAUGGAAGCACCUUUAUAUAUUUUGACCUUGAAACAACGGGCCUCAACAAGUCCUCUGAAAUAAUUCAAAUAUCAGCAAAACGUGGUUCCGAUGAAUUUAAUGAAUAUAUUCUCCCAAGUAACGACAUUUCUCGAGCGGCAUCUAUCAUCACUGGGUUGACUGUUGAAGGUGGUGAAUUGCAUUUACACGGACAGCAAUUAGCGACCGUACCACGAAGAAUUGCAAUGCAGCGAUUUCUAAACUUUUUGAUGCCAGGUCCAGUAAUACUCGUAGCUCAUAAUGGCCAUAGAUUCGACACACCCAAGCUACUUGGAGAAGUACAGAAUCUUGGAUUUUUGUCAGAGCUUCAAAAAAUCGUUUACGGUUUUUGUGAUAGCCUGCCGGCGUUAAGAAAAAAGCUUCCGGAAAGGGUUAAAUUGAAGCAGUCCUUCCGAUUAUCAACUUUGGCCGAAGAUUUAAUAGGAGAACCUGCUUCUACUGGAUCCCAUAAUGGAGCUGUCGACGUAAGAAUGUUGGAGGAAAUAGUUCGAGUUUCAGGCAUUACUAACGAAGAACUGCGAGCCGAAACAAAAACAAUUAACACCAUUUUUUUUGCUGAGGCGCAAACUGCAAAAAUAAAAUUAAAUAAAAGUAGUUUUGAGUGCAUUACUGAAGGAAUUUCUAUGGGAAUGAAAACAAAAAUGGCUAAAGCUGGGCUGUCAAUCGAGCACUUGAAAAAAUCUUUUUCCGAAGGUGGUGAAGAAGCUAUAAAAGUCCUCUUGGCAUCAGAUGUUUCUGGCUGCCCUCGUGUAACAAAAAAUAAAAAAGUUAUUGAAAAUAUUGCAACACAAAUAAAAAAAUUAUUUGAUAAACCGUAA